AUGGUCAAGACUUCCGUCCUCAACGAUGCGCUUAACGCCAUCAACAACGCCGAGAAGAGCGGUCGCCGUCAGGUCCUGAUCCGCCCUUCCUCCAAGGUCAUCAUCAAGUUCCUUUCCGUCAUGCAGAAGCACGGCUACAUUGGCGAGUUCGAGGAGGUUGACGACCACCGCUCCGGCAAGAUCGUCAUCCAGCUCAACGGCCGUCUGAACAAGUGCGGUGUCAUCAACCCCCGCUACCCCGUUCAGCUCCGUGACCUCGAGAAGUGGGCCACUCAGCUCCUGCCCUCCCGUCAGUUCGGUUACGUUGUCCUGACCACCUCCGCUGGUAUCAUGGACCACGAGGAGGCUCGCCGCAAGCACGUUGCCGGCAAGCUCCUCGGUUUCUUCUACUAA